AUGGCGACCGAUAAGAAGAAAGUCCACGGAUUCCCCGAUGUAGAAAACAAAUUACACGCCCCAUCCAAGAAAUCCCUUUUCGAGCGACAGAAAGCAGAAGCAGAAGCGAAACGUUUACGGGAAGCAGCAGAAACGAGAGCUGUGUAUGAGGAUUUUGUAAAGAGCUUUGAUGAUGAGGAUGACGUUCCUGUUGGGGGAGGGUUUGGUAGUGGUGGGAUGACUGGGCCUCCGAAACGGCAUUAUAGCUCACAGGGUGCUGUGUCGGGUGCUGGGAGGGGAUAUACCAGUGGUAGAGGCAGUGGACCAGGAAGUUUAGGACCGCCAUUGCAGACUCUAGGGAGGAAGAGAGGGUUUGAGGAGCCGCCAAGGAGGGAGAAGGGUGUACUUGCGUUUGAUGAUUAUGAGGAGCCUGAACGUGAGAGGAAGGUGUUUCGACAUAGCGACGAUGAGGAUGAGAGCCGUGGGGUUACUGAACGAGAAGUUCCCAAACCUACAUUACGACUUGCCGCCUUGCCUCCUGGAACUUCACCUGCUGUCAUUAAAGCCCUACUCCCGCCGAAUCUGACGGUUGAUGCAGUUCGGAUCUUGCCUCCCAGUGGACCGGGCACGUAUGCGGAGCGGAAAAGCAUGUCUGCUAUUGUGACGCUGGCAAAAGAUACAGCGGCCAAUGAUAUCGAUGCUGCGGUUAAUGGGCUGCAGAACAGGUAUCUGGGCUUUGGUUAUUAUCUCAAUUUGCAUAGACAUUUGUCUUCGGCUGCUAUUUCCAGCUCGGCUCCUAUACCGGUUUUGGGAAGUUCUACGGCUUCUCAACCUUUUGGUGCGAAGCCUGUUGUAGUUGCGCCUGCGGGAAGAGGACACGCGCCACCUCCGCAUCAGAGGGGUGGGUUUGCACCGCCGAGUUCUUAUGGGCCUACCGCAGGGGCACAGAUGGGGCGAGGUGGACCUUUGUUACAUGUUCCUGUUCAGGCGCCGAGGGAUGUCAAAGAGUUGAAGCUUAUUCAUAAGACUAUCGAAUCGUUACUCGGUCAUGGUCCGGAGUUUGAGGCGUUGCUAAUGAGUAGACCUGAGGUUCAGAGAGAGGAAAAAUGGGCUUGGCUUUGGGAUCCGAGGAGUACCGGUGGUGUUUGGUACAGAUGGCGAUUAUGGGAGGUUCUUACUGGAUCGACUACGAAGAGGGGUCAGGGAAAGUAUUUACCACUGUUUGAAGGAUCUUCGGCGUGGAAGGCACCUGAUCAACCGUUGGCUUUCGAAUAUACUACCAAAAUGGAUGAGUUUGUUUCAGAUUCCGAAUACAACUCCUCGGAUCAAGACGACUCUGGAGAUGAAGGCGUUCGAAGACAGCAUCAAAGCGGAGGCCCACCUGAUGCGAGUGCUAUAUUGGACGACGGAAAAGCCUACCUGAACCCCCUCGAAAAGGCAAAGCUAGCCCAUCUCCUCUCCCGGCUGCCUACUAGCACAGGUAAAUUACGAAAAGGUGACGUAGCACGUGUCACUGCAUUUGCAAUCUCUCACGCAGGACGAGGAGCAGACGAAGUAGUCUCCAUGAUCGUCUCCAACAUCGAAAAGCCCUUCGCCUACACAUCAGCCAAUCCAGACCGCAAGAAAGAAAAGGACGGCAGCGAAAAUGAUGGCGAAGACGAAGAGACAUCCGACACCAGCUCCGCAAGCCUAAUAGGCAUCUACAUCAUCUCCGACAUUCUCUCUUCAUCCUCCACCAGCGGCGUUCGACACGCCUGGCGCUACCGCCAACUCUUCGAAGCUGCCCUGCGGCAACGCCACGUCUUUGAGGGCUUGGGGCGAAUGGAGACGAAAAUGAAAUGGGGACGCCUUAGAGCUGAGAAAUGGAAGAGGAGUGUGGGGAAUAUUAUUAGUUUGUGGGAAAGCUGGUGUGUUUUCCCGCAGGCAAGCCAGGAGCAUUUUGCAACCGUUUUCAGCAAUCCACCUUUGACUGCUAGAGAAGUCGAAGAGGCGAAGAGGAAGGAGGAUGAGGAAAAGACAGCGAGGGGGAAAAAUAGAUGGAAGGCUGUUGAAGAUGCUGCUAAAGAAGCGACUGAGCAGGAACAUGCGGAUGGAGAGCCGAUGGAGGAGGAUGUUGAUGGGGAACCGAUGGAUGAAGAGGAUGUGGAUGGUGAGCCGAUGGAGGAAGACGAUGUUGAUGGUGAACCAAUGGAGGAGCAUCUAGAUGGGGAGCCGAUGGAAGAAGACGUGCCUGCACCUGUGCCACCUCCGGUGGAGAGCAAGCCGGAUACAGUACCUGUGGGAGGCCCGCGUAGGAGACCGCGAGCUGUGGAUAUGUUUGCCGAUUCGGACGAUGAUGAUAAUUAA